UGGGCGGGCCCUCCGAGCGCGCGGGCCGCUUCUCCCGCGAGGUGUGGUGCGUGGAGUGGCGGGAGCGGCCGCGAUGGAGGCGCCGGGCGAGAGAGAAGCGCAGGUUGCUGCAUGGUUGAAGAAAAUUUUUGGUGAUCAUCCUAUUCCACAGUAUGAAGUGAACCCAAGGACCACAGAGAUUUUGUAUCACCUUUCCAAACAUAACAAGAUCCGGGACAGGGAUGCCCAUCUGGUAAUAGAGGAUUUGAAACAGAAAGCAAGUGAAUAUGAAUCAGAAGCCAAGCAUCUUCAGGAAUUUCUCAUGGAGAGUGUGAAUUUCUCUCCUGCCAGUCUGUCUAGCACAGGGGCCAGGUAUCUGAAUGCUUUGGUUGACAGCGCUUUGGCCCUUGAAACAAAGGACACCUCACUGGCAAGUUUUAUUCCUGCAGUAAAUGAUUUGACCUCUGAUUUUUCUCGUACCAAAUCCAAAAAUGAAGAAAUCAAGCUUGAAUUGGGAAAACUUGAAAAAAAUCUGACUGCAACUUUAGUAUUAGAAAAAUGUCUACAAGAGGAUCUCAAGAAGGCAGAGCUACAUCUGUCUACUGAAAGGGCCAAAGUUGACAACCGUCUUCAGAACAUGGAUUUCCUAAAAGCAAAGUCAGAGGAGUUCAGAUGUGGAAUCAAAGCUGCAGAGGAGCAGCUGUCAGCUAGAGGCAUGGAUGCUUCUCUUUCUCAUCAGUCCCUAGUAGCACUGUCAGAGAACCUUGGGGAGUUAAAACGACAGACUGUACCUUUGAAGAAAAAAUUGGAGUCUUAUUUAGAUUUAAUGCCGAAUCCAUCUCUUGCUCAAGUGAAAAUUGAAGAAGCAAAGAGAGAAUUGGAUGCCAUUGAAGCUGAACUUACAAAGAAAGUAAACUUGAUGGAACUGUGACUAGAAAUAUGUAAACAGGCUGGGAUUGUGGCUUAGAGGUAGAGUGCUUACCUGGCAUGCAUGAAGCCCUGGGUUCGA